CAUAAUUCCAGUUGUAGCUGUUAUAGGAACAACUUGUAUUUUUGUGGAGGUCUAUAUUUUAUUGCAAAACACUUAAGUCACCUUUUAGCUUUCUGGCUGGAAGUUGGAUUAACUCAAACUCCUAUAGCAACAGACCAACCUGCUUUUCUGCUCUUGCCACUGAUUUGAAUCUAUUUACAUAAACUCAGGCAGGAGAGCUGCUCAAACCAGCUUUAAUGUUUUGGUUAUGAAACUAGAUAGAAUUAUUUUCCACGUUAUUUUUGGUCAAAGCCACAAGAAGAAACUGCAGAGGGACCAUGGACCAUAUGUGGCCCCAGACGCGGCGCUUGCAGACCCCUUUCACUCUCUGUACAUCUGCAGCUCCUUCGUGAGACUUUUCUCUGCAUCUUUUCAUCGCGUCCCAACAUCUCGCGAGGAAAUCACUGAAACGCGAUAGUUUUGAGCUGCCCUUAAACUUAGCAACACAGCAGCAAAAAUAAGGUCAACAAUGGCCGCUUUCCGCAGAGUGGCAGCACUGGCUGGUAGGCUAAACCCGUGGUCACCGACGAGAGCAAAGCUAUUCGGUGCUCCGGUCGAUAAUGGAAGAAGGACACGGAGGAGUUUUACGUUCGGGGUGUGUGUUACAGCGGGAGGCACCGCGGCUCUCUACUUCUUUCACGAAAACACAGACCGGGAGAGGAUGAGGAGGAGAGACGUCCGCGGAUUGCUGCUGUCCAUGCUCACCGUGGAGGCGAAAGAGAAGGGACGUCCGUUUGACUUUGAGGAUGGAGAUGUGUACAUGUCUUCCCAUGAGCAUCGUUUCCGUAUGUUCAGCUCCGUGGAGUAUGAGGGACAACUGUUCAUGACGCCGCAGAACUUCAUUGAGUCCGUUACCAUGAGUGAACCGAAAAACAAGAGGCCCUGGAGGUCCCUGACCAAACAGGAGCUGGAGAAGAUUCUGACAGAAACUCCCCCCGUGUGGAGAGGAUCCUCCAAACUAUUUCGCAACCUGAGAGAGCGAGGUGUCAUCUCCUACACAGAGUACCUGUUCCUGCUCUGCAUCCUAACAAAACCUCACGCUGGCUUUAAGAUUGCUUUCAAUAUGUUUGAUGCAGACGGCAACCAGAUGGUGGACAAGAGGGAGUUCUUGGUGCUUCAGGAGAUCUUCAGAAAGAAAAAUGAGAAAAGGGGAAGGAAAGGAGAUGCUGAGAAGUCAGCACAGUUGGUGCUAAAAAAAGACAGUCAGGAGUUUGUGGCACGAAGUUACUGGGACGUUUUGAGGCGAAGCGCCAGUCAAGUCCUCUUUUCUGACCUGGCGGAGGAUUUUACCCUUGAGCGCUCAGACGAGAGCGUCACAAUUGACACCACCCUGCUGGUUCAUUUCUUUGGAAAGAAAGGAAAAGCAGAGCUCACCUUUGAUGACUUUUAUAGGUUUAUGGAUAACCUCCAGACUGAAGUGUUGGAGAUUGAGUUUCUGACUUAUUCAAAAGGAAUGACCACCAUCAGUGAGGAAGACUUUGCCAAAAUCCUGCUGCGUUUUACCAAUGUGGAGAACAUCAGUGCCUACAUGGACAACGUCCGCCAGUGUAUUCCUGAUGAGAAGGAGGGAAUCACUUUUGAUGAGUUCAGAUCAUUCUUCCAGUUUCUCAACAACCUAGAAGACUUUGCCAUCGCCAUGCAGAUGUACAACUUUGCGUCACGUUCAAUUGGACAAGAUGAGUUUGCAAGAGCAGUAUAUGUGGCCACAGGCCUGAAGCUGACCCGACAUCUUGUGAACACCAUCUUUAAGAUCUUUGAUGUUGAUCACGACGACCAGCUCUCCUACAAGGAGUUCAUUGGCAUCAUGAAGGAUCGGCUGCACAGAGGAGCAAGGGGCUAUAAAGCAGUGGAGCGAGCUUCCUCCUUUAGAUCGUGUCUGAAGAAGGAGCUAGCAAGCAGUAGGUGAAGGCCCGACUCCAUACCUCCGUCUCCAGCUGAGGCCCACAGACAAGUGCACCAGCUACGGAAGAGAAAAAGGGGAAGCCAUGGAGGAGGAAACAGAUCAGACUCAGCUCUGGUUUUGAUUCACCAGCAGCCUGACUGAGUAGCAUGGUGUUCAUCUCCAGUUUAUUUCCAAAUCACAAAAUAAUCACAAGCAUGAAAAGUCAUUUACAUAAUACUUAAAAGUAAAAAUCAUCUCUCCUUUGGUUAGUUUUGUUCCACCAUACAUAUGGGUUCAAUGUCAAUCGUCUCGUUAGGGUCAAUAAAUGGAUAAACUCUGAGAAGUUCCCUGCUAUUAGCCCUUUUUUAAUAUUAAAAUAAGAAUUGUGUUGUGUUUAUCCCUUAAUGAAACACAAUUAGAGUUGGAAAAAUAAUUUGACAGAUAUGUUGUUUACUUGCUGAUAGGCUAAAUGCUGCACAACAAGGUAUCAACCAAAAAAGCACAAGGGUGAAUAAAUGUGCGUUAUAUGUGGCAUACAGGUAAAUUUUAUUACAAUGAUGGAAUUAAAAGGGCACAAAAAUUUAAGUUAAAAUUGAAAAAAUUGUUGAAAUAAAUGUUUUUUAUUUUUUGUCUGUCUUUUUCCACAUUUAGUUUAAUUUUACUUGUUUUUUAUUGCAAUGUAAAGAUGCAGAACAGCUAUUUUGGGAUGUUUAUGACUUGGAUUGUACACUAUAAAAUAUUUAACAAAUCACAAAACAGGCAACAAACUAAAACUAUGUAAUGCCAAGUAUAGUUCUAAAUUUCAUGAUCAGUUAUGUGUUUCCAAGUUUUAUCUGCAUGCAUGUAUGCAAAAAAUAUGUGCCUUGCAAUCGUUCUAAUGUGGAACAUGUCGACACCACAAAGGGCAGCCUUGGCGGAGUCCAAUCUCACUGGGAACGAGCCCGACUUACUGCAGGCAAUGCGGACCAAGCUCUGACACCGGUCAUACAGGCACCUAACAGCCCAUAUCAGAGGGCCUGGUACCCCAUACUCCCGGAGUACCCCCCCCCCCCCCCCCCCCCCCCCAGGGCCCCCGAGGGACGUGGUCAAACGCUUUCUCCAAAUCCGCAAAACACAUGUAGAAAGGUUGGGCAAAUUCCCACGCACCCUCCAAGAUCCCCCUAUGGGUAUAGAGCUGGUCCAGUGUUCCACGGCCAGGACGAAAACCACAUUGCUCCUCCUGAAUCUGAGUUUCAACAAUCCGACGGACCCUCCUCUCCUGAACCCCUGAAUAGACCUUACCAGGAAGGCUCAGGAGUGUGAUCCCCCUGUAGUUGGAACACACCCUGCAGUCCCCCUUUUUAAAUAAGGGGACCACCACCCCGGUCUGCCAGCAGUGGGACUGCCCCCGAUGUCCACACGAUAUUGCAAAAACCGCGUCAGCCAACACAGCCCCACAACAUCCAGAGCCUUAAGGAACUCCGGGUGGAUCUCAUCCACCCCUGGAGCCUUGCCACAGAGGAGCUUUUUAACCACCUCAGUGACCUCAGCACCAAAGAUUUGAGAGGCCAACCCAAAGUCCCCAGACUGCUUCUUCACUGGAAGACGUGUUGGUGGGAUUGAGGAGGUCUUCGAAGUAUUCUGCCCACCAAUCCACAACGUUCUGAGUAGAGGUCAGCAGCACCGUCCCCACUGUGUUGGUAGCGCACUUAGCUGCGGCCUAAGGUAUCCUGGUGCCAAGAGCACAUAUGGACACCUUUAUGUCUGAACAUGGUGUUCAUUAUGGACAAUCCAUGACUGGCACAGAAGUCCAAUAACAAAACACCACUCAAAUUCAGAUCAGGGGGACCAUUCCUCCCAACCACACCUCUCCAGGUCUCACUGUCGUUGCCCACGUGAGCGUUAAAGUCUCCCAACAGAACGAGGGAGUCACCGGAAGGAGCACUUUCCAGCACCCCCUCCAAGAUCUCCAAAAAGGGUGGGUAGUCUGAACUAUAGUUUGGUGCAUAAGCACAGACCACAGUCAGAACCCGUCCCCCCACACGUAGGCGGAGGGAGGCUACCCUAUUCAUCGGGGUAAACCCCAACGUACAGGCAUCAAGAUGGGGGGCAACUAGUAUGCCCACCCCUGCUCGGCGCCUCUCAAUAGCAGCAACUCCAGAGUGGUAGAAAGUCCAACCCCUCUCAAGGAAACUGGUUCCAGAGCCAGAGCCAUGCGUUGAGGUGAGUCCGACUAUAUCUAGUCGGAGCCUCUCAACCUCACACACCAACACAGGCUCCUUCCCCACCAGAGAGGUGACAUUCUUUGUGCCAAGAGCCAGCUUCUGUAGCCGAGGAUCAGAACGCUGCGGUCCCCGCCCUCGACUACCACCUGUCACACACUGUACCUGACCCCUUUGGCCCCUCCCACGAGUGGUGAGCCCAUGGGAAGGCGGACCCACGUUUCCUCUUCGGGCUGUGCCCGGCCGGGCUCCAUGGGUGAAAGCCCGGCCACCAGCUGCUCGCCAGCGUGCCCCACCACCAGGUCUGGCUCCAGAGGGGGCCCCGGUGACCCACGCCCGCGCGAGGGAACCCGGUUUCCAUUAAUAUAAUACAUCAUAAGAGGUCUUGUGAUUAUACAUCAGAUAAAAAUGGAUUUAUGAAUAAAAAGUGUAAAAUAUCUCAAUAGGAUAAUAAUUCAUAAAUUUGCUAUAACUGUGUCAAUUGUGAAUUUGGUGAAUGCAUUUUAGUGCUUGAAUAAAUUAUUUUGAGAACAUGCAUCUGUGGUGUUGUGAGCAUGCGCAGUGAAGGCGCAAACCAUGCCCUUAAACCCUUAUAUGCGUGAAAAUUUAAUUUCUUCCGAAAAGGCAAUGUGCUACUGUCUUCUAAGCUUUUUUAUAUACUGGUAAUUUUACUUCAGUUGUUGAUGAAAAUGGAAGUUUGGGAUUAUGGUUAGAAUUGGACAAAUGCUUUAACGUUGCCCCAUGAGUUAGUCAAAUUUUUCAAGGAACAGCAUGUUCAAGGUGUUUGUAAUUAGCCAUUAUGCUAAUAGGAGUUAGCUUUAGUACUUUUUUAGUAUCUUCUUAUUGGGCUGUCCCAUGAAGAAGGUUUCAGCCACUUCACUGAAGUGAAACUGUUGGCAGGAAGUUUAUAUAUUAUCUUACUAAAAAAUCCGUGCCCACUAGAUGAAACUUUUCAAUUUUUAUGAAAAAUGCCAUUUGUAUGGUGGCGUGUUACAGCAACAGCCAAACUUAGAAAGUAUUGUGAGACACGUUUUCCCCAUAAUGAAAUGACUACCCCUCCAAAUCUACCUAACUGCUGCUCAAAUAAAUCCUUAAAAAUAAAUGGGUCUGAAUUCUUACACAUUUUGUAGUUAUGUGUAAUUGGGAUUUUACAUAUGUAAACAUUUUAAUGUUAGUUUUAAAAAAUCAGCUUACUAGUGUGUUUUGAUUCAUUACACAAGUAUACAAAGUAUUUUCGCCGGAUACGUGUUUCAUUGAAAUAUGUUCCUCCGCAGAAAACCUUCCCCUUUCUGUUAUCGAUGUCUAUUAAUCCUGGUUAAAUGUACACAUUUUGACAUCAAAGACUGGAUUUAACGAGGCAUGUACUCCAUAAAGUAACGAAUCAGCUGUUUGCAUUUGUCAAACAUGUUAUCGUUUAAGUAAUCGAUUCGACAUAAGUACACGCGGAUAAGCUGUUAUCGACGAGGUCACGAUGUUCGGCGUAACACCGGUAGUGACGUCCGGAUCACAAAAUAAACGUACUUUCUUGCUUGUAUGUCUAAAAUAGCUCUUACAACCAUUAUAAAAAAAUAAAUUUGGAUUAAUUUAACACUAUCAAGACAAACAUUAGAGAAAAUGUUCGUGUCAUAAGCAAACAAACAAACCGGGUGGAGAAAUGUGUUAAUUCUCGCAAAGCAUUCUGGGUAACCAGAAAUUCGUAAUCAUAGCCAUAAAACAACACUAGAAACACUUUAAAUGAAGCCUUAUUAAUGCCGUUUUGAAGGAUGUUGUACUAUAGAUCGCUCGGCGUGUUACUUGUGCUUAAUGAAACUUCAGCACCAUGACUGAGAACGGUUGUUCUGAGAAUGACUCGCUGCCUGUUCUCAGAAAAUCUUUAAGACUAUACUUUCAGGGAUCAUUUCUAUAGUUUCUAACUUGAGAAAUGUGCUCCUAAAGUGAUCAGUCUCGUCAACCACGAUGAUGAGUCUUGAUAUUCUCCUCUGAGCGUGAAACGGGUUGGAGUUAAUGAUUCAAUUCAUACGACUCCAACCAUUGAUGAUCGUUCUUUGCUUCUUCCGGGAGCAAUGAGGUGGGGAAUAUGAUCAGAGUGGUCGCCGUAACUGUCAUAAAGUAACGUAAUCCUGUACUUAAGUUAAUGAUUCCGAGAUAAACACUUAGGAACACUGUACACGACAUUUACUCAUACUUAAUGAGCAAGAAGCAUGUGUCACCGUUCCCAGACAGCAACACCAGCUGUGAUUAAUAUGUAACUCAUUUCCAUUCAGCGUGUGUGAAUACCUGAUGGGUUAGAAAAGAUCAAAACUCAAUCUUUUCUGUUUGAAAUUCUCAUACCUCAAGAGAAAUUAAAAAAGUCAUAUUUGAUGUUACAUAAGGUUAAACCUGAUAUUCUCCACUUGACACCAGAUCCUUUGAAAAUCACAUGAUUGAGUCAAAUGAGAUCAUGUGAUCGGAGUAUCCCUGAUUUUUAUUGGUGUUUUGAAGUUAAAUCAGUUCAUUUCCACCUGAUUCCAGAUCCUUUGAGGUUUUUCUCAUACACUAUUGGUCAAAUUGCUCAUCACGUUGGGUGUGUUUGGUGCAACUGAUACACCAUGACUGAGGUUGGUUGUUCUGAGAAUCAGGUACUGCUCAUCCAGCCUGACUCACCAAGCAUGAACUUCCAGGAAUCAUUUCUGUAGUUAUUAAUUUGAGGACUGUGCUCCUAAAGUGAUCAGUUACACCAACCAUCGUCUUGAGACUUGAAAUACUCUUCUAAGAAUGAAGCGGGCAAGAGAAGAUGACUCACUUCACUCGUCCUGUCAGUGAUGAUCUUUCUUUCCUUUUUAUUUAGGAGCAAUGAGGGGGAGAAUAUUGUCAGAGUGAUUGCUGUGUGUAUUUUAGUGAUGGGAAUUCCAGCUCUUUUUAGAGAGCCGGUUCUUUUGGCUCAGCUCACCAAAAAGAGCUGGCUCUUUCGGCUCCCUAAGUGGCUCCUCAGAUUUUCUGUUGCGUAGAGUACAUUUAUAACCAAAAUAAUGCUAAACUAUUAUGUAAAAUAAUUUACUAAUAUAAAAAAGCAAUAUAUCAAAUAUUUAUCAUUUGUAUGGAUUUAAUAACUGAACACUUUAAGAAAUCUCCACUUUCCGACUGCUGGCGCUCAUUUUCUCACCGUCUUCGUUGCACUCUCCGCCCUCUCGCUCGCCUUUUUCCUCCUCAUUCCCUCUCGUCUCCCUCCUCCCACAUGUGCUCUGCUGUGUGUCUGAGUCUGAUCCUCCCUCUUCCCCACCCCUACUGCUCUGUGUGUGGACAGUCUGGACACGCAGUUACACAUGUUGACCAAUCGCCUGUAGCUUUCACCAAAGCAGGGGGGGAGGAGGGAGGGGAGGGGACAGCUCCCAAUGACGAGCCGGCUCCCGUCGUUCACUUCAAAGAGCCGGCUCUUAGAGCCGGUUCCUUCGCAACUGACACAUCACUAGUGUAUUUAAAGAUAAACAUCUGUAUAUGGAAGGGAGUGAUCAAAAUUAAGGUGAUCAUUACCAUUCAAAUCCAUAAAGGAGCAUUUGUUGCUUUUCUUAGGCCAGAACAUUUCAUCUUAACUUAUGCCAGCAUUCCCAGCUGUGGCUUCAUUGUAGUAGUGAUGUGUUGGUCGUGAACGAACCGGCUCUAAGAGCCGGCUCUCUGAAGUGAACGAAGGGAGCCGGCUCGUCAUUGGGAGCCAUCCCCUCCCCCCUCCCCUCUUGCCUUGGUGAAAGUUACAGGCGAUUGGUCAACAUGUGUAACUGCGUGUCCAGACUGUCCACACACAGAGCAGUAGGGGCGGGGAAGAUCAGACUCAGACACACAGCAGAGCACAUGCGGGAGGAGGGAGACGAGAGGGAAUGAGGAGGAGGAAAAAGGCGAGCGAGAGAGAGGAGAGUGCGACGAAGACGGUGAGAAAAUGAGCGCCAGCAGUCGGAAAGUGGAGAUUUCUUAAAGUGUUCAGUUAUUAAAUCCAUACAAAUGAUAAAUAUUUGAUAUAUUGCUUUUUUAUGUUAGUAAAUUAUUUGACAUAUAGUUUAGCAUUAUUUUGGUUAUAAAUGUACUCUACGCAACAGAAAAUCUGAGGAGCCGAAAGAGCCGGCUCUUUUUGGUGACCUGAGCCAAAAGAACCAGCUAAAUCUGUUUAUUUCCACCUGAUUCCAGCUCCUUUGAAGCUUGGUUCAUAUACUAUUGGUCAAAUCAUCAAAACAUCAUGUUGGGCGUGUUUGGUGCAACAGAUACACCAUGACUGAGGUUGGUUGUUUUGAGAAUCAGGUGCUGCUCAUCCAUCAUGAGUGAUCAAGACUAUACUUUCAGGGAUCAUUUCUAUAGUUUCUAACUUGGGAAAUGUGCUCCUAAAGUGAUCAGUCUCGUCAAUCACGAUGAUGAGUUUUGAUAUUCUCCUCUGAGCGUGAA